UAGUGGCUGAGACCUGUUUCCUAAUGAUUUCAGCAUAUUCCUUAUCUUUUCCUUUGCUGUCCCUCCAUUUCCUGAACAUGACUGAAGCAUCCACAUUGGCUGGAGAAAAGCUGGGCUAAAAAUCUAUGGGAGGCACCAACCAGUCGAGUGUCACUGAGUUCUUCCUCCUGGGACUCUCCAGGCAGCCCCAGCAGCAGCAGCAGCUCCUCUUCCUGCUCUUCCUCAUCAUGUACCUGGCCACUGUGCUGGGAAACCUGCUCAUCAUCCUGGCCAUCAGCACAGACUCCCGCCUGCACACCCCCAUGUACUUCUUCCUCAGCAACCUGUCCUUUGUGGAUGUCUGCUUCUCCUCCACCACUGUCCCCAAGGUAUUGGCUAUUCACAUACUCAGAAAUCAAGCCAUUUCGUUCUCUGGGUGCCUCACACAGCUGUAUUUUCUCUGUGUGUUUGUGGACAUGGACAAUUUCCUGCUGGCUGUGAUGGCCUAUGACCGAUUUGUGGCCAUAUGCCACCCUUUACACUACACAACAAAGAUGACCCAUCAGCUCUGUGCCCUUCUUGUUGUUGGGUCCUGGGUGGUAGCCAGCUUGAAUGCUCUGUUGCACACCCUUCUCAUGGCUCGACUUUCCUUCUGUGGGGACAAUGUGAUCCCCCACUUCUUCUGUGAAGUGACUCCCCUGCUGAAACUCUCCUGCUCAGACACACAUCUCAACCAGCUCAUGAUUCUUACGGUUGCAGGGCUGAUAAUGUUAGCCCCAUUUGUUUGCAUCCUUGUGUCUUACAUCCUUAUUACUUGUGCUGUCCUGAGAGUCUCAUCCACAGGAGGAAGAUGGAAAGCCUUCUCCACUUGUGGCUCCCACCUGGCUGUGGUCUGCCUCUUCUAUGGCACCAUCAUAUCCCUGUAUUUCAAUCCCUCAUCUUCUCACUCAGCUGGGAGGGACAUGGCAGCUGCCAUGAUGUACACGGUGGUGACCCCCAUGCUGAACCCUUUCAUCUACAGCCUGAGGAACAGGGACAUGAAAGGGGCUUUAAGGAAAGUGCUUACCAUGAAAUUUCCAUCUAAGCAGUAA